AUGGCGGCAGAGUGGGCCCAACCACAAUGGGACAGGCAGGACAUGGACCGCGACAACCAGGCCAGGGGGACAAUUAAUUCAAUGAACAACACAGGGAGAUGGGGGAUGGGGAAUAUAGAGAUGGGUGUUGAUGGUAGCCCCAGUAAUAUGGUUAGACGAAAGACGGACGGGGGCGCAACAUUUGCAUUUCGCUCGACCCCUGCUGCCCCACCCGUUGACCCACUGCGUCGCUUACCCUCAGACUUCGGUGCGACUGGGACGAAGGAUUCCUUGAAAUAG